CAGGAAGAUGGCCGGGGAAGGCGGGAGCGGCGCGGCGGCGCGGAGCGGCGGAGGCCGCGGCGUUGUGGUAAAUGCAAAGCGUCGCCCGGCCCGCCCCGGCCGCUCGUCCUCUGCGAUUUCAGACAAUUGGCCUGGAUACAGUCUGGAUUUGUUCACAUAUCCUCAGCACUACUAUGGAGACCUGGAAUAUGUGCUCAUACCACAUGGCAUUAUUGUCGACAGGACAGAACGAUUGGCCAAAGAUAUUAUGCAAGACAUUGGAGACAAUGAUAUUGUGGUUCUCUGUGUCCUCAAAGGUGGCUACAAGUUCUGUGCUGACCUUGUGGAGCACAUUAAAAAUCUCAGCAGAAAUUCAGAAAGGUUCAUCUCCAUGAAAGUCGAUUUUGUUAGACUGAAAAGUUACCACAAUGAUCAGUCUAUGCAAGAUAUGCAGAUAAUGGGAGGAGAUGAUCUUUCAAAGCUGACUGGGAAGAAUGUCCUCAUUGUGGAGGAUAUUGUUGGAACUGGAAGGACUAUGAAGGUUCUGCUUAAUAAUAUAGAAAAAUACAAGCCAAAAAUGAUUAAAGUGGCAAGUUUGUUGGUGAAAAGAACAUCUCGGCCUGAUGGGUACAAACCAGAUUAUUAUGGAUUUGAAAUUCCAGAUUUGUUUGUGGUAGGUUAUGCCUUAGACUACAACGAGCACUUCAGAGAUCUAAACCACAUAUGUGUUAUCAAUGAUCAUGGCAAAGCAAAAUACAGAGUCUGAAGCAGUAACAUCUUCACCUGAAGAUAUGUAAGGUCAGUGAAGCAGAAAUUUGACUACACUCCCUCAAGCAUCUCCCAGAAGAGCGGUUCAACUGACUUGUGUUUCUUUCAACUCAAUAUAAGGGGUUUACUCUAGAGAUACUGAUUAAUAUUUACAAAAGUGAGACCUUUUGUCUAAAAUGUGGAGUAGAGGGCUUUUAAAGCUAUUACCUUUUUUAAGUAUUAAAAUCACCACAUAAGAUGCCUUUUGACUAAUAAUUUGUCUGUCUCAAGUCUCAUUGUGAGAGCAUCUUUUCUUCACUCAGUCCAUCAUUAUACCAUUGCAAUUCAUGUACUUCACCAUGUUGCAUAAGAUCAUUCAAAAGUGCCAUUCUGUGUUAAGAUUGUUUUACAGAAUUUUAUUGACUUCAGCAUCCCUUUAGUCGUGGUCAGAUAUGCUGCUUGAAAGCAUUAUUUUGAUUUAAUUCCACAAUUCAAAAGUUUCAGAUGAAGCUGUAUGUUGUAUGCUGGUACAUGUCUAGCAGCUCAUUACUGCCUCUUCCUAACAGAAGUUUUAACUCUCAGAAUGCGCUGAAUUAGAGUGCUGGUACAAAAUGAACUCUGUAAGCCACUGUUGAUCUGAAAUUAGAAGAUGACAUGGUUUUGGUAUGUCAUCCAUGUAGCCAUGGAUGUAACCAUGGAUGUAACCUGCUGAACAUGUUGAAUUUUAAUCAAGACAAAACAAUGCCAGGCAGGCUUCAGUUUCUGCGUGGUAUCCCUUACUUCUACAGGGCAGAAACAAGUGAAAAAAUUAACAUAGUAUCCUCCUGUGCGUAUAUUCUUAAUGAAACCUCAUUAAGCACAAAGAUUUAAUGCCAGUCAGAUAAUGACUCACUUAUGAUUUGACUUUUGUAGCAUGUCUAACUUGAGAUUUUUUGUAACCAGAUUUGACACUGUUGGAGAAGACUAAAAAAAGAAAAAAAUGUAUAGGAAAACAUAGGAAACCAGUUAACACAGGAGUACUGUAGACUCCAGAGGUUCCUUCCUUCCCUUCUACAUGGUGUUUGAAGAACUUUGUUAGUUUACAUGCUGUAUUAAGGGUGAAAAGAUUAAUUCUGUACUGUAUGUAGUUGUUCUCAAGAAACUCCCAAGGGAAGCCAAUACAAAGUAGGUGUACAUCAGUAGCUCUGAACUGAAGAGGCUGAUUGUUGUAAGAGGCUUCAGGUUCCUUUAAACUAAUAAAAUAACAUUAAGAACGUG